AUGGUAUUUCAAAAUACUCAAGCUGUUUUAGAUAGUUUUGAAGCUGAGAAAACAAAAAAAUCAUAUUCCAACUAAAGACCCCCUGCAUUAGAAAUAAAAUAAUACUAAAAGGCUUCUCCUGUCUAUCAACCCAAAGUUUAUUCACCUUAAGUUUAACAGAAGGCUAAUUCAUACGAUUUGGAUUUACGACUUACAAAGGUGCCUGUUUAGCAAAGUGCUCCUAAUUCAGCUUUGAAAGCCAAAUCCUAUGAUUCCAUGACCUAAUUUAUCCCAGAAGAAGAAACAAGUCUAGAUGGAGAUAUAAUAUCAAAAUGCAAAGAUUAAAAUGGUGCCAGAAGCAUUUAAAAGCAAUUCUAAGAAGGACCUGUUGCAAUCAAAGAUCUGAUAUUCACUAAAUUGGAAAAGGGAUUCGUAUCUUUGUCCAAAGAUGUCUUUGGUAAUUAUGUCAUUCAAAACCUCCUUGAAAAUGGAACUCCUAUACAGCAAUAAAAAAUGCUUGUAAUUUUAUAGCCUCAUACUCAAUAACUUGCAUUUCAUCAAUAUGGAUGUAGAGUCUUAUAAAGGUUGUUAUAAAAUGCACAUAAAACUGCGGAGUUUCAAGCGUUAUUUGAUUCAAUUAAAGGGAAAGUGAGAGAAUUAGUUAUAGAUCAACAUGGAAAUCACGUGGUUCAAAAACUAAUCCAACUAAUGGAAAGUGAUAUAAGUCUUUGGGUUUUGGAUGGAGUUGAAGGACAAAUAAGUAAAUUGGUUACCAAUUCAUUCGGAUGCAGAAUUAUUUAAAAAGCAGUAUCAAUUUCAAACAAUCACGUCGAAAGAUAGAUGAGAGUUCUACACGAAAUCAUGAAGAUAUCUCAAGAAUUAUGCACUUCCUAAUAUGGCAAUUAUAUAAUUCAGCAAUUGUUGAAAGACGGUCCAGAAGUUAUUCAAAUUGAAAUCUAGCAGAUUAUUAUGGACAAAAUAGAAGAGUAUAGCCUAAAUAAAUUUGGGAGCAAUGUUGUUGACUGUGCAAUUAAAUGUUCAGAUAAUAAAUUCAAAUUAAAAAUUAUGGAGUUACUAUUGAGCCAAAAGAAUCAUCCAGUUUUAUUUGUAAGGUUAUCAAAAAACGCAUAUGGUAACUAUGUAGUCUAAAACUUUUUAAAAUUUGCAGAUAGUGAAAUAUAAAAGGAAUUAUAUCUAAAAAUUACAAACAAUUAAUAACUAUUGCAAGAAAUAUAAUAAUCACAAUUUGGUACUUUAUUCUAACUUAUUGUAGGUUAAUACGUGUAUUAAAUGUUGACCUAAAAAUUAGAACUUGAAGCUUUUAAAUUAUGA